GCCGUCCUCCAUCGUCUGCUGCGAACGCGAUGGCUCGCAAUUUCACGGUUGGUUGCGAUUGCGCUAGUCAGUAGUGUCAGUACUGUCAGUAGUUGAUGCUGUGCAGUGCUGUGUAUGCGGGCAUUGCUGAUUGUGAGGCGCGAAUGCGAGCACUGUGAGCAGUGUGAGCCUCGUUUACUGUUCCAGGGAAAUAGAUAAGAUGAAGGAGGAACGGGAAAAAAGAGAGAAAUGAGUGCUCAACCAACCCAGUACGACUUCUGAUCGCGCAAUGUGCUCGACGCAUCGUCGCCGUUACGGGGAUGGAGGCCGAGGUUCGAGUGUCCACAUUCGAUCGAGUCUCGCGCCUCAGCGGUUUGUUAUUUCGGCGGGUGAAUGACGUGUUGACGCGUUCGAUCUGGCCGCAAGUUCGCGAUCCGAGUCUCGUGAAUACACCAGUGGUCAGCUAAGCUAAUAAAUUAAUGCGCGUUGAUUCGAUCGCUCUUAACUGACCGAGAUGGACCGCCUGGACACAGAGAUCAGGAGACAUGGUAGUGUUUCGGGUGUCAAGUCAAUUAGACUAAUGUGAAACGUGAAGACGAGGACACCCGAGGUUUGAUAAAUUUGAUUAAGCGACCGUGAUGUUGAAUGAAAAACGACGCGAUUGCUCGAUGUAGCUCACGAAGGAAAAAAGAGGAAAAGCGUCGGCGGAGAGAACGUGCAGAUCCGCAUGAAGUAGCCGACUCGAUUCUAGUCAUCUGUUCUAGUCCAAAUGUCCAAAUGCCAAAAGUAUCACUCGUCAAUACCCCAAGUGUGAUAUAUCAACUUGCAGUAUAUCAUCAUUGGACAUCCUCCCACAUGACUGAACGUUCGAAUCAGGGAGUAGAACUGACAUUAAAAAGCAUAUUAUAGUUCAUGGAUACUUACAGGAUACGUUGUAAUACGUUACGCAAUUGAUCCCGCAGAAUUUAGAUAUUAUUAUUUGAUAAUUAAGUGCAAACGACACAUACUUGACAUAUGCUUGAAUACUAUUAAGAUGUGAAACAUUUUGUAUAUUGGAUGUACUUCACUUUGUAUGGCUACAAAUGGAAAUGAUUACAUGUAAAUUGUAUAAUUUUCUAUUCGUUAAGAGCUUAUCCAUAAUUUGAAAUAUAGAAAGAAUAUUUUUGAGAGUUUUUCUAUGAUAUAUUUCAAUGCAUCCUGCGACUAUGAUAGAAGAAUUUUUUUUAACUAUAAUUAGAGAUGUAUAAAAAAUUGGUGUAAUUCAACGAGUGAUUACGGAGAGGGAUAAUAUAAAAGGAUAUAAUCGGUAAUCUCGUGUUAAAUGCUGCGAGUAUUAUGGAUCAGAGUGAGGGAAAUAACGUCUCUAGCGUUUCAAAUAAGGCAGAGGUUUCUCCAAAAUCAAAACAGAAGAAAAAGUCCCUCUGUCGCAUGCUUAUGAACAAAAAGACUAAGGUCGGCUGCUUGGAGUCCUCCUACAAAGACGGGGAUUCAAAUAGGAACUCCAAGAUAGAAAGCUCGCAACAUGGAUCUCAAACUAGCACCAAACUGUCCCUGUGCUGUGCUAUGACCGAACGUAGCAGAACACCACCCCAGAGCUUAACCAUUAGCAGACUUUCCCCGAUGACGUUGAGUCAUACCUCGGUCAAGUCCGAGGUAGCUUCCAUCAAUGUGGAUCAUGAAACGGACGUACUAGUUGAGCAGGAAGAGAUGCAUGUUGCAAAUGAUCAAGCCAAGGAUCAGGCUCAAGCAAUUCAAGAGACUGUAGUCAGAAGGAGUAAUGUAGCAAUAGGAAAGGAACAGCGUCCUACAACUUAUAUAGAAGACUCAAUGGAAGAUUCGUUCGAAGAUUCUUCAGAAGAUGAAAAUGAACAUCUGAUUGAGUCUGAGAAAGCUCAAAAAUACUUUAAGGAUGAGUACUUUACAAAGGGAAAAUAUAUCACUUAUUUCUUCCUGGAAAUGGAACGGCAGUUAUACAAUCCUACAGAUGUUUACAGUAUGGUUCAGUAUCGUAAUACUGAUCGCGAAAAACCAGAGAAAAAAGGUGAAUAUUCUUCCUCCGGAUCGCUAUCGCCGAGUAUAUCAGGACAAUUACGUCGUAGAUUGCUUCAUAGGAGAUCAGCAGAUAACUUGAUUGUAGACUCACCUACAAGCUCUAUGAGACAUUCUAGUCCAGAUUCUAUUAAAAGUGCACCGAUCCAGCAUAAGCCACGUUCAACGUCCCAUGAUGCGCUGUCUAAAAAGAAUCGUUACUUUCGUCAAACGACAGGGGCGUCUAUGGAUAGUUUGGCAAAGCAAUCAUUACUUGCUGCACAAGUACUUAAUUUAAUUCCUACUCAGAAAGCACGGGAAAGGAAUUUUCUUCAUGGAAGAAUCGCCGCCAAUUCCUUACUCGGACCAGUGGAACUUGAGAAAGUAUUGCCUAAUCGAGAAUUAAAAAUUUUUAUCGGCACAUGGAACAUGAAUGGUCAGACUCCGCCAAAGGAAUUGAACGAUUUUAUGUUGCCAUCCGACAUAGAGACUGUUCCCGAUUUGUUAGCUAUAGGAACACAAGAGUCAUGUUCCGAACGACAUGAGUGGGAGGCAGCUCUGCAAGAAACUGUCGGUCCUUCGCACGUGCUACUAACUAGCAGUAAUCUCGGUACACUUCACCUCGCAUUAUUUAUAAGACGAGACUUGAUUUGGUUUUGUUCUAUUCCGGAGGAGGAUAACUUUUCAACGAGAACUGGAACAGCAUUCAGAACGAAAGGCGCAGUGGCUAUUGCUCUUAUGAUAUUUGGCACUAGCUUUCUCUUUGUUACCGCUCAUUUGACCGCACAUCAAGACAAGGUAAAAGAACGGGUCAACGAUAUAAAGAGAAUCGUCAGAAAUCUUGAUCUACCUAAAGAGCUACCUAUCCGGCACAAAAGCAAAGAUGUAACUCAAAAUUUCGAUUGCGUGUUUUGGUGCGGUGAUUUAAACUUCCGUCUAGCUCAACCGAGAGAGGAAGUGAUUCAAUGGAUUACAAAUACAUGUUUUCCACAAGAAUCACCGAUAAACAUGCGCAAAGAUCAGUUGAAAAAUAUCCUAAACGAAGGCGCAGUGUUGCGCGGUUUCGAAGAAGCUCCAAUUAUGUUCCCUCCCACUUACAAAUACGAUCCGGGAACGCAGAAUUUCGAUUCUAGCAGCAAGCAACGCACUCCCGCGUAUACUGACAGGAUUCUUUUCAGAGGAAAAGGUCACACUAGAGGAUAUAUUAGACGCGUUAGUCACGAGAUUUCUAGUUCUAAGGACGGGGUUAUAGAAUGCUUGAUAUACGAUUCUGUUCCAAGUAUGUGCACGUCGGAUCACAAGCCAGUCUGGGGAGUCUUUAAAACUACAUUGAGGCCGGGUAUCGAUACAAUUCCGCUCGGUGCUGGACUUUUCAAUCGCGAAGUAUAUCUGGAAGGUAUUAGAAGGCGCGCGGCGGCGAUGGAUGAUUCUCUUGAAACUUCAAAAGUUUGUUCAAUUCAAUAAAGAAAUUAGAAGCUAUUGUGAGAAUGUAUCAGCAGAAUGGAUCUGAAAAUAAUUUUAUUAAGCUAUCAAAAUAAACGUUCAAGCGUUAUAAUGAUAACGCAAAAAAUUUAAGAUUCUAGCAAUCAGUUUGAGUAGCACCGUUCAAGCCGAGAAGCAACAGAAGCAGUGCAGUGCACCCGGGUAGCUACCUUGCAAAGAUUGUCGACAUGUCUUUAAAAAAUAAUCGUACAAUUAUGUAUAUGUAUGCGUGUGUGUGAUUUUUAUAUUGAUUACAGCCGUGGUGUAGAAUUCAUUUGAAUUUAAUGAAGGUUGAUUCGGAUUGUCUGAAUAGAAAAAGUGGCGGCUGGACGCUCUGCAUUCGGGCGCAACAAUUCUUUGGAACAGCGCUAAGUUUGAGCAUUUUACAUAAUUAUUUUGAUGAUCCAAUAAAAUUAUUCAAAUCUAUAUAUAUAUAUAUCAAUAGUUAAAGUUUUAGAUAUUCUAGCAAAACCAUUAUUUCUGUGUAGUGAUAUCUUGUUAGCGGAAAACUGCAUAUGUAUGUGCGUACAUGCUAAUUAAUAAUCGCAGAUUAAAAGCGCACAAAUGACACGAUCCAAAAAUCAUCAGCGCAAGGUAUAUAAACUUUUUUUUUUAUCAAAUGCGCUGUAUAUGAAGAAAUACACGCCUAUGCGGCUGAGAUGAAUUCUCAUGACGCUCGCCAAAAUGAUGAACGGUAGAAAUUCUAUUUGAAUGUACUCAACUAUUGUUCUGUAUGUGCUUGUACGUUUAAAUAAACAAUUCAAAAUCCA